AUGGAAGAGGAGAGACACGGCCAAAUCAUGAAGACCAGACUGAACCGACACUUAGUAGCUACACAAGAGCUCCAUGAUAAUAUUGCUCAGUUGGGAAAAAGAAAUAAGCCACAAGGCAGAAGACCACCACAUGGAGAAAGAAGAUUUGGAGAUGCACUAGAUGCUGGCUAUGUUGAGCCCAAGCCACCAGAUCCUUCAUGGAUCACCAAACAUCAAACUUCUUAUACUCAUGAAUACUCAAAUUGUUCUUAUCAUGAUUAUAACUCUGCUGAUGAUGUUAAUAUUUAUUCUUUUUCAGGAAGCAGUUGGUCAAGUGAGUAUCUAACAUGGGAAAGAACCAUGGAUGAUUGGUUUACAUACUAUGGCGUGCCAAAGAAGGAGAGGCUAGCUCAUGCCAUCAAGCAACUUUCCGGAAAAGCUUACUCAUGGUGGAAAAGAGUAUAUAAGACACAUGGUAAAAGUCCAGAAGAAGUUGUCACCAACUGGAAAGAUCUUAAAGAUGUUAUGAUCAGGAAGUAUGUGACUACACUUCCCACGCAAGAAACCAGAAGAAAAUACCCAAGGAGAUUUUCAAAUGGUGUGUCCAAAGAGGCAAAGAAAGUUGUGCCACAACAAGGCCAUAGAAGCUUGAUCUAUCAAGACCAGAUUCGGCCAAGCCAGAUGCCCAUGGUUUUAUAUGAUAAAUACCAACCUUAUGAGGUCCUAAAGUCCAUGGAGAAGAAGAACCUUGAUGUUAAGACAGGUCAUGAGGUCCAGAAAGACAUGAUCACCCAAUCCUUGUUGAGAUCAAAAGUUGUCCGUGAUUUAAGUUCAAGAGACAAGGAGAUUUUAAACCCAAAUAAAGAAGAGCCAUCCAGCCAAGGACUUAAGGAGCAAGAAUUUAAAGAAGAAGAACCACCAGGCGUGACUCUUGUGUUGGACCAGAAGAUUGUUCAAGAGACAAUGCAGUCCACAUUGCUUAAAGAACCAAAACCAAAACAAUACCAAGAACGUUAG